AUGGAAAGAAACAGAGGAAGAGGAGGGAAGCAGAGCUGCAGAGGAGAUGUGAACUGCAGAGCACAUCCAAGUCGAGCAGAGGCAGUGCACAUCCAAAUCAAGAGCAGGGGCAAUGCACAUCCAAGAGGAGUGAAGCUGGAGGGAGAGGAAGAGAAGCUCACACGUCCAGGUGGUCUAGUGGACAUGUCUUUUAGAAGGCACCAACCUUCCAGUAAUGGAGCUUCCAUUAGUAUAGCUCCUCUGGAUUUUCCAAGUCAGGAACUUGAGAAGGUUAAUCCUGUGAAUUCAGUGAUGUCAACUGAUUUUGCAUCCAUGGAUGGUGUUGAUAUUGAUAUGAGAGAAGUUUACUUUCUCAUUAUGCAUUUUUUAUCUCAUGGUCCAUUCAAACGGACCUUUGGAGAACUGUGCAAUGAACUCCUGGAACAUCAACUGCUACCUAGAAGAUACCAUGCUUGGUAUUCACGUGGUGGUUUCCAUAGUGGUGAAGAAAAUGAUGAUGGCAUAUCACUCCCUUUGGGUUAUGUAAAAUUAGCUGAGAGGUACCCCCACAUUGGUAAAGACCACUUGGUGAAGCUAUUAAAGCAACUGAUGGCUAUUUCCUGUCACCCACACAGCUUAAUUGGAAGAGUUUCUCCAAAUGCUGCUGAUGUCCCAACACUUCUUGGCUUCAACUCCUUUUCGCUUCUUGCAUCUACCUUUGACCGCACAGGGCGUUAUGUUAUUACUGGUUCUGAUGACCGCCUUGUUAAAAUAUGGGCGACAGAAACAGCUUUCUGCCUGGCUAGCUGCCGGGGCCAUGAAGGUGAUAUUACUGAUCUCGCAGUGAGUUCCAAUAAUGCUGUGGUAGCAUCUUCAUCUAAUGAUUUCAUUAUUAGAGUGUGGCGUAUGCCUGAUGGAAUGCCAGUCUCAGUGCUCAAGGGGCAUACAGGGGCAGUUACUGCUAUUGCAUUUAGUCCAAGGCCAGGUGCUGCUUUCCAGCUGUUGUCGUCAUCAGAUGAUGGGACGUGCAGGAUUUGGGAUGCCAGAUACUCUCAACAACCUCCACGAGUGUAUACACCAAAGCCCCCAGAUGUUGCCCCUGGUAAGAGUGGUGAUGCAUCUUCCAGCGCUGCUCAAGUUCAGCCAACAAAUCACCAGAUCUUAUGUUGUGCAUUUAAUGCUAAUGGAACAGUGUUUGUCACUGGCAGCUCGGACACUUUUGCAAGGGUCUGGAAUGCUUGCAAGAGUUCUUCUGAUGAACAUGAACAACUGAAUCAUGAGAUGGACCUAUUAUGUGGGCAUGAAAAUGAUGUAAACUAUGUGCAAUUUAGUGGAUGUGCAGUGGCAUCAAGAUCUUUUUCAUCUGAUUCCAGUCAUACCUCCAAGGAAGAAAAUAACCUUAAGCUAAGAAAUUCUUGGUUCACGCAUAAUAUUGUUACCUGCUCCCGUGAUGGCAGUGCAAUUAUAUGGGUUCCACGAUCUCGGAGGUCGCAUGGAAAAAUUGGACGCUGGACGCGUGCUUACCAUCUUAAAGUCCCCCCACCUCCAAUGGCGCCUCAACCACCUCGAGGUGGUCCUCGUCAAAGAUACCAACCAACUCCUCGUGGUGUCAAUAUGAUAGUUUGGAGUCUAGACAACCGCUUUGUGCUUGCUACAAUCAUGGAUUGCAGAAUUUGUGUAUGGAAUGCUUCUGAUGGGAGUUUGGUGCAUUCACUGAUUGGCCAUAAGGAAUCAACGUUUGUUCUAGAUGUGCAUCCGUUCAAUCCUCGUAUAGCAAUGAGUGCUGGGUAUGAUGGGAAGACGAUCAUCUGGGAUAUAUGGGAAGGAAAACCUGUUCAGAUCUAUGAAACAGGGCAAUUUAAACUAGUUGAUGGGAAGUUCUCUCCGGAUGGUACAUCACUUAUUUUAUCGGACGAAAUUGGUCAAAUAUUCAUUAUUGGUACUGGGCAAGGAGAGUCCCAGAAAGAUGCAAAAUACGAUCAGUUCUUCCUUGGAGACUAUCGGCCUCUCAUCCGUGAUAACAAUGGAAGUGUUAUUGAUCAGGAAACACAGCUUGUACCAUACAGGAGAAAUAUGCAAGACCUUUUGUGUGACGCUGGUAUGAUACCAUAUCCAGAGCCCUUCCAGAGUAUGUACCAGAAUCGCCGGUGGGAACCGCUUCCAGAGAUAACAGACUUCAUUGAGCUUGAACCUGAAAAUGAAGUUAUCUCUGACGAUACUGAUUCUGAGUACAAUGGCAUGGAUGAGUAUUCAAGUGAAGGAGAACAGGAGAUUAUGAGUGGUGAUUCCUCAGGUACUUCAUAUUCAAGUGCAGAAAUUGAUGUGGAUGACCCUAAUAGUGCUCUUUCUCCCACCGAUCAAGAAGAAAGAAGAAAAAAUCUGAGGAAAAAAUUUUUGGAUGAGCCUGGUGUAGCCACAGUGUCAAGGCCACAUAGAGGAAAGAAAUCUAGGAAUGGACGUUCUAGCAAAAGGAAAAGGUCGCCUAAAUCCAGGGGUUUGCGACCUCAAAAACGUGCUGCUCGAAACGCAUUACAUUUUUUCUCAAAGAUAGGAGCUCGAGCUUCAACAGAAGAGGAUGAAGAUGACUCCGAGAGUUUCUCUGAUAGUGAAUUGAACACGGAUAGCACUGAAGCUGAACAGUUAGAAUGGAAUGGCCAUCUAAGAACCAGCAGAAGGAUUAACUCUCAAUAUGACACUGAAGAUGUUGCAGAACCUUCUCAUUUUACUGAUAAUAAGGGAAAUUCUGGAACUGGUAAGAAACUAGUUCUCAGAAUACGACGACGUGAUUUAAAAACUCAAUUUCCUUCAGGAAGCGGAAAAGCCACACAGGAUAAAGCAGUGAAAUCUCUUUCUCUAGCUAAUGAUGAACCAGCUGAGCAAGAACUAACUUUUGAACCGGGACAUUCCUCUGCCUGCAAGGCUGAAUUAACAACUGAUGGUGAUCUGCAUGGUAGUUCCGCUGCUCGUAGUAAUAACUCAAUUAGGUGGGGUGAGGUUAAGGCGCGAUCCUCAAAGCGUUGCAAGUACAGUGAGCCAGCUGGAGGUUUGUGGUCUUCUUCAAAUAAUGCUGCUUUACAGGAUAUUGAGGGAUCAGGCAGUCAGCAGAUGCCUCAUGAAUAUGGUGAUGGCAUCCAGCAAACUGUUGAGCAAAAUGCACAAGAAGUACAACAUGGAAUAAUUCUAGAUAACAUUCAGGAAAACAACAGUACUGAUGAGUACAACAGAGAAAAUAUGGGGGAUCAAGAAAAAAUAUCUAACAAUAGUAAGGCCCAUGCAGAUGGAGUGAAUGACGCAGUACAAGUUCCCAAUACUUCUCAGCCUCAAUUAAAACUUAAGUUCAAGUCAAGUGGAUCUUUAGAUGCAGUAGGAAAUGUCAUGAACUCCAAGCAUGGUAAAGAUUCAGUGCAGCAUGGUGAUUAUUCUUCCAUCAAUCAACCUAGAAAUGCUGACUUCCUUAAUGUGCCCAAAAGUUCUCAGGAAUGCCCAGAUAAAAGCACUAGUUUGCAUGAUUCAAAAAAACUGUACUUGGAUUCUUCAAAGAAGUACACUGCAGUGUACAAAAGGUUAAAGCCAAAGAACAAGAAAAAAAUGGAUUCAGAUGAAUAUGCAAACGAGGAUAGCACUUCUAUCUCCAAUGACAAUGGUGGAUACCAACCUCCAGAAUACAGUCCUGUUGCAGCUGCAAGUGGUAGAUUGAGAAGAAGCGCAAGGAAGUCAUUUGCAUACAAUAUCGAUGGUACAGCAUGGGAGGAUAUCUCGGAAGUGAAAGAUUCUUACAGUUCCCAUGAAGCAUCAACUAGUGGAAGACGAGUUGUCACAGAUGUGCGUGAUGUAAUGUGGCGACAAAACUCAAAAACUGUUGGUUUAAGGUCUUCUAGGAACAAAAGAGAAAGUAGCAACUUUCCUGAUACACAUCCAUUGGGUAGAAGGCACCAGGUUUCCUUAAAGUAUUCAUGGUUAAUGUUGCUUGAGCAUGAAGAUAGCUACCGUUAUAUUCCUCAACUCGGUGAUGAGGUUAUGUACUUGGGGCAGGGCCAUGAGGAAUAUCUUAAAGAAGCGCAAUCAUCUGAAUCUUGCCCUUGGAACUGGAUAAAAGGCCUUAAAGCUGUAGAACUUUGCAAAAUACAGGGUCUUGAGUAUGCCACCUACAGAGGAUCUGGCGAAAGCUGCUGUAAAUUAACCAUUGAAUUCGUUGAUCGCAAUUCCAGUGGAUUUGGCAAAAUAUUUUUGAUCACGUUGCGUGAGCUGGUUAACUUUCCAGAUUUUCUUGUGGAGAGAACAAGGUAUGAAGCUGCUAUGGAGCGGAACUGGACCCACAGAGACAAGUGCAAAGUUUGGUGGAGGGACGAGAAGGACAGCCCCUGGGAACUUCAUGAUACUGGCAAUUUAUGGGAUCCAUGGAAACAUCCGCAUAUCGAUCUCACGAUUCGAGAUCAAUUGAUAUCAGAAAUGGAAAAUUUACAGGAAAUGUCACACAGGGAUCAGGAUCGUUAUGGUGUUUUAAAGCUGGACAAGGUUGCAGAAAAGUCAGAUUUCAUCAACAGGUUUCCUGUCCAAUUUUCUAUUGAGGUGAUCAAGACAAGAUUAGCAAACAAUUAUUACAGAACUCUGGAGGCUGUCAGACAUGAUACCACUGUGAUGCUUUCAAAUGCAGAAUCUUACUUUUCAAAGAUCAGUGAAAUGACCAAAAAGAUCCGCAAGCUCUCUGAGUGGGUAGACCAGAUCUUUUCAUCACUGUAG